AUGAAACGAGGACCGUAUAAAGAAUUUUUAAAAGAGACAGAUUCUGAUGAAAUUCCUUCGUCAACUGCUAAAUAUCGAAAAAAAAAACGCCAAGAAAAAGAUUCCAUUAAUAUUAUUGAAAAUGAGCUUAUAGAACGUGAAACAGCUGGUAAUAAAAAUAUGCCACAUACCGCUGCAACUCCAUCAAACAUUAUUGAAAAAAAUUAUGGAAUGAGUGAUGAGGAUUCCUUUGGCGACGUACAAAUGGACAAUGAUAGCACUGAAGAUAAUAGCAGUGGAGAUAUUCAAGAAAAUUAUCAAAUGGUUGAUGACGAAUGUAAUAAAAAUUCCAAUUUUAAUAUUGAUAACUCAUUUGAUAAUUUGAGAGUAGACAAUGAAGAUAAUAUGUAUGAAAAUGAUCUUGUUCAAAAUGUGCCAAUUUAUCAUGAGAACAUCGAGGAAAAUCAUGCGCACAGAGCAAUGGAUCAGCGAGAAGUAAUACAUGAAGGUUGCGACCUUACAAGAGAAGAAAGUAAAGUUCUCAUAAUGAGCACAGCUUUACGCCAUCAUUUAACUGAUGCGGCUUUGGAGGAUUUAUUAAAAUUGAUUGAUUGUCAUCUACCACGCAAAUGUCACGUAUCGAAGUACUUAUUUUUGAAGUCGUUUCCGAUCAGCAGUUAUUUUAUGAUCAACGAAUUGCCAUAUCGUUUGCGUAAACAUCAUAUGAUGAUAACAGGAUUGUGGUUCGAUUCCGUAAAACCUCUAAUGAACACAUUUUUGAAACCUUUUAUUGAUGAACUGAUUGAUUUGCACGUUAACGGAUUUCAAAGUACGACCUUUAUUCAUAACGAACCGAUACAAAUUCAUGUCCAUACUAUUGUUGCACCAGUUGAUAGCAUUGCUCGACCAAUGAUUCAAUGCAUGAAACAAUUUAAUGGAAAGUACGGAUGCUCGUAUUGCUAUCAUAAAGGUGACCAGAUUCAACUUGAUAAUGGACGUGGAUUUAAAAAUGUUUAUACAGGUGACGUGCGUUUAUUGAGAAAACAACAGCAUUACGUAAUGCAAGCAGAAAAAGCAUUGCAGACAGCCAAGCCUGUGAAAGGAGUCAUGAAUGCAUCUAUUGCAGUACUUCUACCUGUUUUUGAUAUAAUUUCGUCUUUUCCACCCGAAUAUCUGCAUAGUGUUGCAGAAGGCGUAGUUAAACAAUUUGUGAUGGCAUGGUGUGACUCAAAAAAUCAUAAACAGGCUUGGUCUUUGCUAUGUAGUAAUUUCGCGCAAGAUUACAGUAACUACAUGGAUUACAAUACCUGGUCAGUGAUUCUUUUCCGUAAGGGUCAAUGUCCACUUUCCGAGGCGCCGAAACCAGUUCAAUCUCUGGAACGGGGCAGUAAGGACAGAGAGAAUCCUAAAGGUGUCUUUUCAUACGCAGUCUCCUCAUUGGAAGGCUUCUCCUUCAUUCCUGAGACAUACGUAAUCAGAAUAAAUAUGACUGAGGCCAACAUGCUAAGCAAUGUCGGUCUUAUAAAAGGACGACACUGCUUAGCGCUUAAUGAAAAUAAAGAUAUAACUAUUGGCCCAAAUGGUGGACUAAUGAUUUGUGAUGAAAUUAGUGAAUCGCUUUUGGAAGUACCAAUAUCACCUGAAGUUCUAUCAUUUUUUGAUCUUUCAACAAAAGAAUCUCAAACUGCAGAUGAUAUAGAGAAAACACAAGUCAGAAGCUCAUGUUCAAAUAGUAGUAGCAGCCAAGCAGCUUCAUCGAAACCAGGCAGUGCAGUAUGGGAUGAUAAUUCCGUAAAGCUUUUAUUUUUUUUGUAUAAUGAUCAUCAAGAUGAUUUUAAAAGCACCUGUAUUAAAAAUGAUGCCGUGUGGGACAAAAUUCGAAUGAGAAUGAAGAGUGACGAAGGGUAUAAUUAUACCAGGGUGCAGAUAAAAGAUAAAUGGAUGAAUAUGAAGAAGAAUUAUAUGAAAGUCAAAGAUCACAAUAAAAGAACAGGUGUUGCACCCAAAACAUAUCGAUAUUAUAAUGAAAUGGAUGAUUUAUUUGGAGAUAAACCAAAUGUUACUCCAAUUGCAACUGCAUCAAGCAUGAAAAUCGAAGAUGAAAUAGCAUUGUGUUCAAAAGAUAAUAGCUGUACAGUGGAAGAUGAUCAAUUGCAUAUACGAAAGAAAAGUAAGGUCGAACGGCACUUACAUUCGUGGACGGACAAAUAUAUCGAACAUACUAAGGAACAAGAAAAUCGACGUGAGGAACGACAAAAAGAAAAAAUAGCUGCUAUUGCUGAUGCAACAAAAACGUUCCGCGAUAUGAUGGAAAAGCUAAUUGAAAAACUUUAGUUGUUUUUUAAAUGUUCUAAAUUUGUUCAAAUUUUCUAAAAACAUUUUUAUAACAG